AUGUCAUCGUCAAAGAAGCACGUUGUCUUCGACGUCGUCGGCACCUGUAUGUCGUAUGAUGUUAUCUUCGACGCCAUUGACACCCGGUUAGGUGACCGCCUUCGUGCUGAGUGUAUCAAGCCAAAGCUGCUUGGCUACACAUGGUUCGAGGCUGCCGAGAGAGAAUACACCUAUCUUAGCAUCUCGGGGCGAUACACUCGGUUCUACGAUGUGUUCAAAGGGCUGUUCUAUCGCAUGCUGUGGAUGGCUGGUAUAGAGGAGCCUCGGGAGUUCGCUACCGAUGACGAUCUCGCAUACAUUCUAGACCAGUUCAUGCAGCUGCAGGCUCGCCCCGGGGUGGCGGAAUGCUUCCAAAUCCUCCGAGAUGCUGGCUUCACCUGCUGGGCGUUCACCGCUGGUGACACCAACAGGGUGAGGGGGUAUUUCACGCGCAACGGUAUCGACAUGCCGCUUGAGAACUUCCUCUCGUGCGACUCUCUAUCUAUUGGAAAGCCAGCCCCAGAGUCAUAUCACCCCCUGUUGAAGCAGUUUGAAAACGAAGAAGCCUGGUUCGCUGCUGCACACAUGUGGGAUGUCUCAGCCGCCAAGGCUGCAGGGUUCAAGGGAGCGUAUUGUACGGUCUGGGAGAAGGAGCCCUGCACGGAGCUGUUUGGUACUAUGGAUAUCAUGGAAGACUCGUUCCCAGAGAUGGCACGCAAGAUUGUAGCUGCCACUAAAACUAGCUAA